AAUCUAUCAAGUCUUGGAUUCACCAACUCGCUGAACCCAACAAUUGUAUCAACUGCUACGAUUCAUCUGAAAUCCUCUCUACUCCUUAAACCUCUACUCCAUAAACUUUUGAACUCGAGAUCUUUCUCUCGAAACAAAAACUUCAAUCCACUUGUCAUACCCCGCCAUCUAGAUUUACCCUUUGAACACAUACGCAGAUGUUGAGUCAGUAUGUCAACUCUAUUCAUAUCAGCUCCUGGCGCUUUAAAUCAAAACGAAGUAAACCGUCAUCGAAAUCAAAACGGAGUAAUUGCGGAUGCACAGAUGUCCAGCACUCACUCCGCAAUGAUUACUGCGAUGAAUGCUACCAAACUUGAGAAUACCACUGCCAUCGUGUCUUCCAAGAAACCACAGCAUGUCAUCAUCGUGGGUGCUGGUAUAUCUGGCCUCCGAAGUGCAUCCGUUUUGCAACGCCAUGGAGUUGGUGUGACUAUUCUGGAAGGACGUCCGGAUCGUAUCGGAGGACGCAUCUGUACCAGCCGUAAGCACGGGAAGGCAGCGAGAGACAUUGGUAAAUAUACCUAGACUAGGCAAUAUCUUCAAUUGUGGGUGGUUGGGCGUUUCUCAGGAAAUUGCUUGACCACACAAUGUGGGUUGUUUAUCCUUCUCCUUGGCAAGAUUAUGCUCACACUCAUACUCUAGGCGCCGCAUGGAUGCAUGAGACUUCUCAGAACAAGUUGGUCCAAUUGAUUCCAAAGCUAGGCAUCGAAUACUACUUAGAUGAUGGGACCCCGCUCUACUACACUCGCGAUGGGAGAGCUGGGUCUCAAUUCAAGGCAAAGAAAGUCGCUGACGAGUUUGCCGAUUAUGUUGAGUGGUACUACACCGCCAAUCCGGACGCUCCGGAUCGCACUGUAAAGGAGUUCGUUGAUGAGUUUGUUGAAAAGCAUCCUCUCAUCACUGCGUCCGAACGCAAAUGGGCUCCUCAAGCCACUCGGGAAGUCGAACUAUGGAUCGGAACAUCCAUUGAAGAGGCUUCCUCCAAGCACCUGUCCUAUUUUCUCACAGAGCGAAAUCUCUACAUGAAAGGAGGCUACGACAAGAUCGUCAACUGGACCGCUCAACCGCUCCUCAAGGACCCGAACAUGAUCAAAAUGGGCCAGAUCGUGACCGACAUCAACUGGGGGACAACUGACAGCUCUGUAACCGUUCACACCCAGAAAGGAACAACGUACACCGCCGACGCGGUAAUUGUCACGGUACCCCUCGGCUGUCUUCGUCGCAACAUGAUCAACUUCUCGCCCCCAAUGCCGUCCUCAAUCAAAGAAGGGAUAACAUCCUUCUCCUACGGCGCCCUCGGCAAAGUCUUCGUCGAAUUCAGCGAAGUCUUCUGGCCAAAAGACAACGACCAAUUCAUCUACUACCCAUCUCCCCCCCCAGCCGACACCCCCAUCGACGAAACCUCCAUCCUCUCCUACGCCACGGUGACCUCCAACCUGUGGAUCAUGUCCGGCACAAAGGAACUCUGCAUCCAGAUCGCGGAGCCGCUCACCCAGCGCAUCGAAGCCAUCUCCCCAGACGACACCGCCACGCUCUUCGCGUUCUUUGAACCCCUCUUCAAACUCAUGCGUACGGAGCCGUAUAAAGACCUGCCUGAUCUCCUGAAUAUCGAAACUACGCACUGGACGCAGGACCCGCUUGCGGGCUUUGGCUCGUACAGUGUGGAGAAGAAGGGCGAUGAUGCGACGGUUUUGGUGCGGGCACUGGAUGAGCAUAGGGAGUUGAGAUUGCAGUUUGCGGGGGAACAUUGUAUUGAGGUGGGCAAUGGGUGUGUGCAUGGGGCGUUUGAAACGGGGGAGGUUGCUGCCAGGAACUUGUUGGGCGUUUUUGGACGAGAGUGGGAUGGCUUGGAUACGACGGCUAGGAGCGUUUCGCCUUAGAUUUGUUGCUUCUGUGGGAGAGCGGAGAUGGGAGGACGGAUGCAAUGUGUCUUGAGGUGAGUGAAUACUGGAUGAAAUGCUGCAUGAUUGGAUUCUUUUCUCGGAGGAGGUUAGACCAGAAUGGGAUUGUGAGUCUUUCGCUUUUUGCAAUGUUGAUUUCGCUUGCAUUCUACUCCAACUCGGGCGUUCUGCCCUUUUUUUUUGGCUGCUAUAUCAGCUAUUUACAUAAAAUCCAGUCUCUUGUUUCAGUUACAAUUUCUCUGAAUCUUGAUAAACUUGUGCUCCAGCUGUCGUUUUCCACAUCUUGAGUGCAUUAAUCCCAAAUUUACACCUACGAUGCGCCGUGUUCCUGUGCAAGUGAUUCAAUUUCCGAGGAUUACUGAGUAUUAUUGCUAUUCAUUCCACUUCACAACAACCGUGUCCUGCGGCCCAAAAUUCAAUAUACUCAGCUACCUCGCUUCGAUUGCGAACUUCGCAUUUUCGAUCUCUUUCUCUUCAUGUAAUCAUAUACUGGAUGUUUGAUUUCGAGGUCUCCCUGUCAUAUCCCAUCCAUUAUGGCAGAAACACAUAUCUGACGGCUUUGACCUGGCUUAAAUUUCAUACUGGUGCAGAUCACUCGUAUCAUUCGAAUAAUGGGUUCUUUAGAGUGUUCGUCAAGGUGAUUGUAACUUGAUAGAUAGCAAGUGCAUACCGGAUUGCCGGAGGGCAAACGAGCUAGAUUGUCUGCUCCAAAUUGUCAGAAUACGCAGGACACAAUUCACCAUUUAACCCAAAGAAUGGGAACACUUGGCGCCGUGUCGUUAAAAUUGCGUCUGGAGCUUGUAAAGUCCGAUGUUGACAGGAAAGCGAAGCGCAAUGUAUCAUUGAUAUCAAGAUUGUUUCUGAGUUAGUCUAUGACGAAGUGAUAUAAUCACUCACAAAAUAACAGAGGAUUGCCGAUUUCCAGGUCCCAGAUAAACCAUCUCACGUCUUUGGAUGCCCAAGUUGUCUGGGCAGAGUUUGUACGUGAGGAGGCAGAUGUGCAUAUUGUCGAUCAGGGAGAUCACAGGUGAUAUGCCGAAUGCACCAUAGAACAGUCACUUACCCAAGGCUUUGGUUUCACAAUCUCAUGUAGAUGAUGGGACU